AUGGACGGGCCGCCGGGGAGCCUCAACGCCAGCCUGAUCGGGCGGGAGCCUCAGCCCCGCGGCAGCGCCUGGACGGCCGCCUUCCUCUGCUUCGUCAUCCUCUUGACCAUGGUGGGCAACCUCGCCCUGAUCCUCCUCAUCUUCAGCCAGCGGCUCCUGCGCAACACCUCCAACUUCUUCCUGGUGUCCCUCUUCAUGUCCGACCUCAUGGUGGGCCUGGUGGUCAUGCCGCCGGCCAUGCUGAACCAGCUCUACGGGCGCUGGGUGCUGGACGGCGCCUUCUGCUCCGUCUGGUUCUCCUUCGACGUCAUGUGCACCAGCGCCUCCAUCCUCAACCUGUGCGUCAUCAGCCUGGACCGCUACCUGCUGAUCAUCUCGCCCCUCAAGUACAAGCUGCGGAUGACCUCCGGCCGGGCCUUCUGGCUCAUCCUGGCCACCUGGACGCUGGCCGCCUUGGUCUCCUUCUUGCCCAUCAAAAUGGGCUGGCACGAGCUGGAGUUCGACCGCCACCCCCUCAACGUCACCCGGCAGCUGGAAGAGGAGCAGUGCCGCCUCCUGGUCAGCCUGCCUUACGCCCUCAUCGCGUCCGGCCUGACCUUCUUCCUCCCCUCCGCCGCCAUCUUGUUCACCUACUGCCGGAUCCUCCUGGCCGCGCGGAAACAGGCCAUCCAGGUGGCUUCCCUCACCAACAAGGCCGCUGGCGAGCCACCUCCACAGGUUCCCCACGAUCAGAGCCAACCGACAGGGGCGAGCGACAACCGGAAGCUUGCCAACAAGCACAGCCGACGGGCCCUCAAGGCCAGCCUGACCCUGGGCGUCCUUUUGGGCAUGUUCUUUGUGGCCUGGCUCCCUUUCUUUGUCUGCAACAUGGCCCAG